GUUGCGUAGUCGAGUGAGGAAAGAAAGUGAUCGUACGGAAUACGGAUCGCCAGUUGGUGUUGGGUCUGCGGCUGACAGUGUAACCUCUUUGGUUGUCGAACGCGCGCGAAAAUUUAAGCGGGAGUUUAUUUAAAAAUGGAAUUGUCUCUAUCAUAGACAUUGAAUUUUUGAUAAUGGAUUUACUCGCUAGUGAAUCUAGCAGCAGUUCGCGGAUAUUAACUGCACGACAUGUCAGUGCAGAGAUAAGGCACCCAGAAGUAAACAAUGCAGUUAACACGACUUCGGCGCUGUUGUGCCAUAGCUACAGUGUGCUACCCGAUUUUGGAUCGUAUUACACAGCCCUGAACACAUACGCAUUGGUGACCUGGAUAUGUGGGUUCUUCGUACUUACGGCGUUAUGUAUACUGUAUGGUGUCACACUGCGCUCGGCUCUGAAACACUGGCCGAAAACAAAAGUGAAUCUCGCCGUUGUUCUAGCUGUUUAUCCAAUAGUCGCCGCAGCCGGACUACUUACAUUGAUAGUGCCCCGAGCUCGAAUCCUGUCCGAAGCGAUAGCUCAAGAAACUGUUAUGGUAGCAAUGUAUCAUCUGUACUUUAUGAUCAUCGCGGAAUGUGGGGGACCUGACCAGUUAAUCAGUCGGUCGAGUGGAUCUCUCAUGGAGACCCGCGUACUGCCGUGCUGUUGUUGGCCCUGUUGUUUGCUGCCGCGGCCACAGGUUCAGAAGAAAUGCCUGACCAGACUACGGUAUUUGAUUCUCCAAAUGCCUAUAGUUCAGGCAUUGAUCUAUAUUAUAGUGCUCGUGCUGUGGGCGGAGGAUGUGGAAUUGUACAGGAAUAAUUUCAUUUUGAUCCAGCCGUUUAUCGCUGUCUCCAUUUUAUCCGGUAUUUGGGGAAUGAUGAUGUGCAUCCGAGCUGCGGAGGCAAUAGGAACGAGACCAAGAGCUCGGUUCCUUGCCCUUCAACUAGUUCUGUUAAUUGUUAAACUGCAAUAUGGAAUUGCGAAAGCGCUGCCUGAAUUAUUCCAAUUCUCAUGUAUUGUGGCUCUGAAUCCUUCAGUAUUUGUACAUAUGAUCCAGAACAUGAUAAUGAUGGCGGAGAUGCUACUGCUGUCAUUAUGGGCUUGGAGGUUGUACAGCGUUCAACCGGAGAAGUCCACCGAAAAAGUGCCACAAGUCGUGAUUGCUGUAUUAGAAGAUAGCUUACAUUCUAUCGACCUUAAAAAAGACAUUGAAAAGUCAUAUAAAAAUGAAAGAAUUUAAAAUAGUUUCAUAUUUUAGUUUGUAAGGGUAUGAAUCUGAUAGAUUAAGUUUUAGUCUAAUAAGUUACCAGUGAAGCGGACAAAAAUAUUGAUAUACGGAAUUUAUUUUGCCUUCUAGCGUGUACUUCAAUCAGUGAACCAAAUAUUACCACUUCUUAAAUUAGAAAUAAAAUAUUUUGUAUUA